AUGCGUUUCUCAACCGGUUUAACUUUUGCGGCAGCCCUGCUGGGCGUUGACGCAUGUGCCGAGCACAGCAAGCAGCCAUCCCGUCACCACACCCACAGCGUUGGCGCUUCAUCUUCCGCCGCGGCCAGCCCCGUUACGACACUGACUCUUGCGCCGUCGUCAAAGGCUGUCACAUCCCUGGCUGUCACUACGUCUCUUGCUGCCGCUACCACAUUCUCAACGCAAACCAAGUCUGUCAAGACCAUUUCUUCUUCCACCAGUAGUGCAGCAGCAGCAACCAGCACCACGGCCUCAUCGUCCGGGCUCACCGAUGACCAGCAGAACGCGCUGGACGCGCAGAACAGCGCCCGUAGCGACGUUGGCUCAGCUGCGCUAGUCUGGGAUGCAGAUCUCGCUGCUGAGGCGCAGACGUGGGCUGAACAUCUUGUCUCUGUGGGCGACCUCGUCCACUCGGACGUCUCGAAUGAGGGCGAGAACCUCUACAUGGGUUACGACAGCAAUCCUUUCGUCAACGCCGCCAACUUGUGGAUCGAUGAGAAGUCGAGCUACAGCGGGGAGGUCAUCUCAGAGACCAACUACAUGACCUUCGGUCAUUAUACCCAGAUCGUCUGGAGCUCGACAACCAAUGUUGGUAUGGGCUCAGCUACGGACUCCAACGGUGCUGUCUACGUCGUCGCCCGCUACUCGCCCCCCGGCAACAUGAUCGGCGAGGCCGCAUACUAA